CAACGGUCUAUAGGAGUUGUGAUGAUACGGUUUAUUAAUUCUUUGAAUGUUCUUCGUUUACUACUAAAUGGGACGAGAAAAUAGAAUAAAAAUUGUGUCCCAUCUUCCCCUACCCUACUAUUAUUACCCCUUAUAUAGUUUAGGUAAGAUGGGAUACCUUUUCAUUCCAUUUUCCCGUCCAAUUUGGGAUAAACAAAGAAUAUACAAAGAAUUAUAACACCGUAUAUAUCCUAACGAUUCCUAUAGGCCAUUGUUGAUUGUUUAAAACACGAUCAGGAUAUUUGGAUAUUAUGUGCCAAAGGUGCCCCGUCUUAUCUCGCAGUACUGUAUGUAUAUUGCUGUAAACAUGUGAAUAAAGUUGCAACCAGUAUUAUAUAAGAAUACAUAUGGUGUUUUGUUCGGGUGUACAUUCUUUUCAAUCAGUCGAUUCCGCACUUAGCUCGAAUCUGUUUCAUUUGCAUUGCUAAAACGUAAAAGAUGUGCUUUUUUAUUUAAGGAACCCGUCCUAGUUGCACAAUGCGUCCGCGUUUCGUAUAAACUACAUAUUGCACUUAUAAAUGUCAUGAUAGUUAGAGCGUAGCGCGCGGUUGUGGGGCCGAUUGUGCAGCAGACCAACGAGCAGUGUUCAAAGGCAACGAAGCACGAAAAUCAAUAGACUGAGACCGCACGCAAAACUGCUUAGCCAGAGUUGUUUUGUGAAAUUUGAAACUCUCACUACCGUUACUCGCUUCGGGAUAAAACUUUUGUUACUGUACAAAUUACCAGUACAAAAUUUGUUAGUUAGUCAGACCAGUAUGCCACAAGAAACAGUCACCGAGAACUUACAGGCGAAUCUAGAAAGGGCGUCACAACUACAUGAGAAUGAAUUGGUCAUUGAACUUGGGAUUGACCGAUUCCUGAAGUGGCUUGGCGUUUAUACAAUACUUCUUAUUGCUUUGGUUGCUAAGAUUAGCGAGUUCAUUGGUCAAAGUACUUCAUGCUACCCAGCGUACAACACUUCAGGAUAUGAUAGAAAGUUCAUUGAAUACGCUACAUCAUUUUGCUGGGAGUCUGUUACGACAUCAGACAUAACCACCCCUGAGGGUUGCUUAGUAGAGGGUGUAAAGUCAAAUAUGAAACUUCUUCCGAAUCCUAAGGCAGCAAUAUAUUUUAUUCGAUGGCUACCGCAAGUGAUGCUGGUUCAGGCAUUUCUGUUUGCUGUCCCCUCAAUAUGUUGGCACUUCGUUGUUGGUGGAAGAUUGGCCGGUCAUGUGCGGUUUAUUCAGCUGCUGUUAAACGAUAUGUAUGAAGCAUUUCGAAAGCUACCGACUGCUGAUUAUGAAAACAAACCUUAUGACGAAAGUAGUGAGUGCUUCAAUGGCUUUCGAAAGAGAAAGGAGCGAACCAAUGGCUCAGAAACUUCAAUGGAAUCUGUUUCUAUUACUGCUCAUUCAAUUAAAACGUCGAAAUUAGUUGGAGACCUUAAAGACAGGCAUUUGUUUUCAAUGCUCUGCUAUGAGAACUUUUCCUCUCUGAGCCAUUUGCCUUACAUAUUAUCAGUAUUUCAUAUAACCAAGGACGAAGCCGAAAAGAAAAGACAGGAAAGAAAGAAGGAACAAGAAAAGAAGAAAGGAGGAAAAGAGGAAAAAGAGAAGAAAGAGUUACUACCAAUGCAACAUGGCAUGCUAAAACUUUGGUGUAAUAAGAAAAACUUGGGUGGCACAUUUUUGGUUAAGGCUUACCUCGUUAAACACUGUGCCACUCUGCUACUUUCCAUUGCGCUGCUGAUUUCAUUUGCUGCGUGGGCCAGUGCUGAUGGUGUUCUGCAAGCUUUACUUGGCUCUUCAAAUACCUACACGUGCAAGGUGGCAUUUCAGGAUGUGUGCAUGGUGUGUGUCGUCAAUCGGGCGCAGGAAAUAAUGUUUAUGUUUAUCUGUGACUUAAUAAUCACAAUUUUCAUCAUGGUUCUGUCACUGGGUUGGGUUAUAUUCUUUAGAAUGUGCUCAAUUAAGAGAGUAAUGUGUUACUUUUUUGAGCACCUCACGGACACGUGUACGCUUGCUUUUUUGACUCUAAAUAGUUAUAUAAAAAAAAGCAACGAUGAGUAAAUACUAUGCCCACAGUUAGACAGGUUCGCUCCAAUACGCUAGCCGCGUAACUAUCUAGCCCCACCAUGCGAUUUGUAUAUACGUCUCUGUUUGGCUUUUAUACAGCAGGGUGGAGGAAGACGGGCCACCUUUCAAUUAUAUUUUCUCGUCCCAUUUGGUAGUAAACAAAAACCAUUCAAAGAUUUAUAAAACCGUAACCUCACUACUCCCAUAGACUUUUGGUAAUUGUUUAACAAUCAGGAUAUUUGGAUAUAAUGUGCUAAAGGUGCUGUCCCAUCUCUCCCCACCCUACUAUAUGUAUUACCGCAGUUUCUAAACAUUUCUUUCAAUUUUAAUCCUGAUUAGAGCGUCCCAUUUAGUGUAAAUACUUUGAAUUGUGAUAACAGCAUGAUCAGUAACUGCGUGUAAAACUAUUAAUUGCUUUAUCUGCUAUGCUGUAAAACUAUUGUAGAUUGGGUGUAACUGAUUUUUUUCUAAUAUUUCUUCUUUUCUAGAUGCUGUUGUUGCGGUUCGCCAUAUACUGUAUAAUCAAAACACACACACACACACAUACACACACACACACACAUAUAUAUAUAUAGUAUCAGUGGCUUAUCGAUGUGUGCAUGGUGUGCUUUAUAAUCACGAUUCUGUCACUGGUUUGGAUUCUUUUUGUUAAUUGAGUUUAAAGAAGAAAGUAAAAUGUUACGUGUA